ACCCGAUCGCUUUACUUACUUAUUUCUCUAUUAGCAUUCCAUACCCAAAACUCGAAACUACUACCCUUUGUCUCCUCCAAAUACAACUUCACUCCUCAGAUUUACACCCCUUUCACUCUUUUACUCUCCCAACCUUCGCAACUCAAAUCCAUGGCGUAAAUCCAACCCGGACCUCUGUAUUUUGAUUCUCUUUAUCUUAUUUGCUCACUCACUUGAUCUAAUUUUAUUUAGCAUUUCUACGAUUUUCGUUUUUUACCCAAACCCUAGAAAAUGUCAGGCGGGUUUUUCCGGGGUACGUCGGCUGACCAGGACACGCGGUUCUCCAAUAAGCAGGCGAAGUUGUUGAAAUCACAGAAAUUUCCUCCUGAAUUAGAGCACUUGGUGGACAUGACAAAGGUCAGUGCAGAUGUUAUCCGUCCAUGGAUUGCAAGCAGGGUGACUGAAUUGCUCGGGUUUGAAGAUGAAGUACUUAUCAACUUCAUUUAUGGUCUUUUGGAUGGAAAGGCAGUGAAUGGGAAGCAGGUUCAAAUUUCACUUACUGGAUUUAUGGAAAAAAAUACUGGGAAAUUUAUGAAAGAGCUUUGGGCGCUACUACUGAGUGCCCAAAAGAAUGCUAGCGGUGUUCCUCAGCAGUUCCUAGAUGCUAAGCAAGAGGAGACUAGGAAAAAGAAGGAGGAGGCUGAUCGGAUAGCAAAUGAAAUCCAGAGAAAGAGAGAUAAGGAGAGUAGGGAUCUUGAAGAAGAGCGAUUGAAGAAGAUGGAAGGAAGGGUUGAAACAAAAUCUAGCAAUGCUGCUUUGGAGCCAAACUCAAGGCACAACUUGGCAAGGGCUUCAAGUGACCGUCCCGAGGAUGAGGAAGUAACUGAAAAGAGGAACGGUGCAAGAGCUAGGAAUAGGAUUUCAAGAUCUCCCCAUUCAGCAGGCCGUUCGUUGUCUCGUGAAAGACACAGGUCAAAGAGCAUGUCUAGGACCCCAGAAGCACGAGGUCGGCCCAUGACCUCUUCCUCUCCGAGAAGACGGUCUGUUACACCGCACCGGAGGCGUUCACCUCAACAAUCAGUUUCUCCUGUAAGACAAAGAGCAUUAAAUUCCAAGAGAUCUCGAUCUCCGUCACCAUCACGCCGUCGAGUUGGUUCUCCAUAUCGACAUAGAUCACCUUCACCUGAACAUCGUAGAUCACCACCACCUAUGCGUCGUCGUAGAUCACCAUCACCAAUACGUCGUCGUAGAUCACCGUCACCUAUGCAUCGGCGUAGAUCACCAUCACCUUUUCGUCGACGUAGAUCACCAUCACCUUUUCGUCGGCAUAGAUCGCCCUCCCCUGCACGUCGUCGGAGAUCACCCUCCCCUGCACGUCGUCGGAGAUCGCCCUCCCCUGCACGUCGUCGAAGAUCACCGCCCUCCCCUGCACGUCGUCGGAGAUCACCACCCUCCCCUGCACGUCGUCGGAGAUCACCGCCCUCCCCUGCACGUCGUUGGAGAUCACCGCCCUCCCCUGCACAUCGUCGCAGAUCUCCGUCCCCUGUGCGUCGUCGUAGAUCUCCAUCUCCCAUGCGUCGUCGCAGGUCACCAUCACCAAUGCGUCAUCGCAAGUCACCCUCACCUGGACGACGGCGUAUAUCACCUUCCCUUGUACCUCAUAGAUCUCCUUCACCACUACGCCAUCCUGUAUUGCCCUCACCAAUGCGAAGGAGGUCACCUACUCCCAUACGGCGCAGGUCUCCUCCUGUACACAGCAGGUCACAAAGAUCUUCUACUCCAGAAGAUGAGUUUGCAUCUCCUACACGAGGGAGGUCACCAGUUGCUGGUGGGAGGAGGUCAGCCCUUGACAGUAGGUCACCAUCACCUUUUGAACGGAGUUCUUCAUCUCCAGUUCAGCAUCGUUCCCCUUCACCAAUCAGGAGAAAUUCUCCUAAGCAUCAGAGAAAAUCUCCCAUUCAAUCACCCAGUGGAAGGAUGAGAUCAUCUAGUUCUCUGAGAUCACUGCAAAGAGAAUCCAGGAAUCAAAUGGAUUCCCUUAACAGAAUUCCAGACUUGUCCCCAUCACCACCUAAGUCCCCUGCAUUGUCAGCAUCGCCAUCAGCUGGAAGGAGUGGUAGCGAAGAAAGGAGUCCGAAUGAGAGUUCUCUUAGGCAACCAAGGGGCCGAAUGACUCGGGAUAUUAGCUCUAGUCCUUUAAGGAAACCAAGAGAGCAGAAACUUCACAAUGACAGUACGGAAAUAAGGGAAGCGAAGGAGAAGAGAGGAAUUCUCGAGACUCCUGAUCGAGAUAGGCCUACAAAAGUGUAUAAAGACCCUCUGCCAGAUGAAGGACCACAGGCUUUGUAUUCUGGUGAAGGUAGAAAAUCUGAUGACAAGGGUCGCUCUCAUUCAAAAAAUGUCAAAGAGAGCAGUCAUGAGAGAGUUAAUAAGCAUAGUGGGUCUUUCGAUUCUGGUUCUGAGGAAAAUGAUAACAAUAGAGCUGGAGGUAAGGAAAAGAGAAAACAUAAAAAAUCAGAAAGGCGAGAAACAGCUUCUGAUGAUUAUAGCUCUGAUUCUGAAAAGGAGGACAGGAAAGAGGCUAAAAGGAGAAAGAAAGAGGAAAAAAAAUUGCGUAAGGAGAAGAGGCGACAAAAACGCGAGGAUCGGCGUCGCAGAAGGGAAGAACGCCGGGCUGGGAAACUAAGAGGCAAGAAUCAAAGUGAUGCUUCUGCUUCAGACGAUGAAUACGGUGGAAGGAGAGAUUCUCAUACUAGUGAGAAUGAAGAGAUGGAAUCUGAGCAGAAAAAGCUUGAGAUUGAGUUGCGGAAGAAGGCUCUGGAAUCACUUAAAGCAAAGAAGGGCAUCAGUCAAUGAAUUCAAUAAAUAUGCUAUUGUGGAAUAUUAAGCUACCAUUUUGUUUUCCGAUACUAUAAAGCAGACACUUUAAGUAUUUAGGAUAUUAUCUGUUUGAUUGAGAGUUUAUCAAUAUUUUGUUACUGUUUAAUGCAGUCCGUUUACUGCUGGCAGCUGAAAUGGAUAAUGAGGAUUUCCCGAGCUUAAUCUUUUGGGUGCAACUUUAUGCAGGCCUUGGUGCUAGAUUUCUGGUAAUUACUGUCUUCCCUAAGUCGGGAAUUUUCUGUUGUUAAUCAUAGUGUUGCUUUUCAAUCAAUAUGGAACCUCUUGAUGAUGUUUUCUGGUUGCAUAGUCUUUGAAUUUCGAUUUCUGUAUCGUCUGUUUUUGUUUGGGAAUCAGAGUCAGAAGUGAUGUGUUAUAGUUUGUUUGAAGUUCAGUGCAAGAAAUCUCAGUCAGCAUGGUUUGGCUGAUCUUGUUUAAAUAACUUAAAAGGUCUUGGUGGUUUCAUAUAUUAAGGGUCACACUAAGUUGAGUUUUUCUGAUGGAUUGGUAGAUGAAAAUGUGACAUGGUUGAGCAGGCAGAUCAGCGGUUUGUACAUAUGGUGAUACAGGUGAAAUUUCCAUCUUUUACAGGCCGCCUUCAGAAGAUCAUUGUUUCUCCAGGUCAAUCCUCUUAUGUAAAUUUUUGUUUGUCAAAGGCUUAUACGGCUCUGUCUAUAUAUAAGCAGAUGCUCUCCUCUGCCUGUAUUUAAGUUCAAAAUUCAUGGUUGGUCAAUCUCUAUGCUAGGGCACUAAUUCUAGUCUCAGAUUCAUACCGUUAUAAUGGUUGUUUACUGAUGCUAUAUUCCAAAUAUAUGUAUAAAUCGCCAACUCUGUAAGAGGACGUACACAUAAAAAGAUAUAAUUGCCCUAUUUUUUUUUUGAAA